GUUACCCACAAAGCAAGUAUAUUAGCCGUCUCUCUCUCUCUCUCUCUCUCUCUCUCUCUCUCUCUCUCUCUCUCUCUCUCACUUGAUGCCAACAUCCAGGUUGGAUAAAUCGUCAGGAGAAGAAGAAAUGAGGAAGCAUGAAGCGGUAGUGAGGUCUACUACUUCAUCUUUAACAGUCAGGACUAUUGUGAGAUAUGGAGAGUGCCAGAAGAAUCACGCCGCAAGCAUCGGUGGCUAUGCUGUCGAUGGAUGCCGGGAAUUCAUGGCUUCAAGUGGGGAGGAGGGCUCCACAGCUGCCCUCACUUGUGCCGCCUGCGGCUGCCACCGCAACUUCCACCGGAGGAUAGUUGAAGACUAAGGUGGUAUAUUCGUGAAUUUUCAUCUAUAAAGAAGAAAGAAAACUCGAUGGUAUAAUCGUGAAUUUUCAUCUAUAAAGAAGAAAGAAAACUCUCUCUCUCUCUCUCUCUCUCUCUCUCUCUCUCUCUCUCUCUCUCUCUCUCUCUCUCUCUCAUACAUAUGAGAUGGUUGAAGUAAGUUUGAUGGUUGAAGGACAUGACCAAAAAGUCUACAUGGUAAGUAUCUAUAUAUAUAGAGUCUCAAAAAACAAGAAAUUAAGCGUGUAUGUAAUCUUCUUGAAAUUAAAAGAGUUAUUGUAAUUUUCUUUA